UGCAUAAAGGCAGAGGACAGUACGCGCCCCUGGAUGCGAGCAGCUGAAGUCGCAGCCACUCCACUCCAUGUUUUGCCCUGCCCUUGUGCGCUCUGCUCGCUGUGCAGCUUGUGUCUCCGUUGCAUUUCGCUUUUCUUCACACUGACACUGAACACAAGGUGCUGGUUGUGUGUGCGGGAGAAGUUGUUGGCACAGAGAGCACCAGGUAGCAACUGUCUUCUUCCAACGGAUUUGUUUAAGCUGGAAGCAAUCGGGACUCGUCGGGUUCUUCUUUUUUCUUUUUCGAGGUGGAAGAUAGGAAGCUUUUUGCAAUGAGGCGGACGUACCAGAAUCUAAAGUGAGGAGUGAUUUUUAUUUUUAUUUUUUAUUUUUUGUUUUAAUGAACAUCUAACAUCCUGCUCACCGGAGAAAUCUCUCACUUCAGCCCUUUUGGAUAUCUAGUUUUUCCCCCCCACGGAGGUCGUUAUUUCCCUGUGAAACAUUAUCAAGGAUUUCACUGAUGUAUGCGAUGUGGAGACUGCAAGUCGCCUUAUGUACUCUGUCGGUGCUGCUGUCCCUGUCAUCUGCUGGUGAAAGCAAAGCGCGGAGCUGUAGCGAGGUUAGGCAAGCUUAUAACGUUCAAGGAUUCAGCCUCGUCAAUGUACCUCAUCAGGAAAUAUCAGGUGAGCACCUGCGUGUCUGUCCUCAGGGAUACACCUGCUGCACAUCCGAGAUGGAGGACAAACUCAACCAGCAGAGCAAACUGGAGUUCGAGAACUUGGUCGAGGAGAACAGCCACAAUAUGAGGACGACAUUUGUCUCGAGGCAUAAAAAGUUUGAUGAGUUUUUCUUGGAGCUGCUGGACAAUUCUGAGAAGUCUCUCAACAGCAUGUUCACACGGACGUACGGGAAGCUGUAUAUGCAGAACUCAGAGGUGUUCCAGGACCUGUUUACUGAGCUAAAGCGCUACUACACAGGGGGCAAUGUCAACCUGGAGGAGAUGCUGAAUGACUUCUGGUCCAGGCUACUGGAGCGCAUGUUCCAGUUACUCAACUCCCAGUACCACUUCACAGAUGACUACCUAGAGUGCGUCAGUAAAUAUACAGAUCAGCUAAAGCCUUUUGGAGAUGUGCCCAGGAAGCUGAAGGCCCAGGUCACCAGGGCCUUUAUCGCUGCACGGACGUUUGUCCAGGGGCUAAUGGUGGGUCGGGAGGUUGCCAACAGGGUCGCUAAGGUGAAUGUAGUUCCAGCAUGUGUCAGAGCCUUGACCAAGAUGCUGUACUGUCCAUAUUGCCGUGGCAUGCCCGGGCUGAAACCCUGUCACAACUAUUGUCACAACGUUAUGAGGGGCUGUCUGGCGAACCAGGCAGACCUUGACGCUGAGUGGAACCUCUUCAUCGAUGCUAUGUUACUGGUGGCAGCCAGACUGGAGGGACCCUUCAACAUUGAAGCAGUUAUAGAGCCAGUUGACAUCAAGAUCUCUGAGGCCAUCAUGACCAUGCAGGACAACAGCAUGCAAGUGUCGGCUAAGGUUUUUCAAGGGUGUGGCCAACCAAAGCCAUCGGGAAUAGGCAGGUCUGCACGAGGCAUCUCAGAUGUGUUCAGCACUCGUUUCAGACCCUACACCCCUGAAGAGAGGCCAACCACAGCAGCAGGAACAAGCCUGGAUAGACUGAGGGUUGUGUGGAGGACAAUGCAACACAGUGUGAUUGACAUCAAAGAGAAAUUGAAGGAGUCCAAGAGGUUCUGGUCCAACCUGCCAGAUGACAUCUGUGCCAAGGGCAAGCUCGCAGAGUCUGAUGAGGAACAGUGCUGGAACAGCCACACUAAGGGCAGAUAUUUCCCUGAAGUGGUGAAGGAGGGCCUAACCAACCAGGUGAACAAUCCAGAGGUGGAUGUGGAUAUCACCAGGCCUGACACACUGAUACGACAGCAGAUCAUGGCUCUUCGUGUCAUGACCAACAAGCUAAAAAAUGCCUACAAUGGCAAUGACAUCUACUUCCAGGACUCAAGUGACGAGGGCAGCAGUUCUGGCAGUGGCAGCGGCUGCUCUGACGGCUGCACAACAGAGUUUGUUUUUGUUGGAACAGAGGCUCCUGUGAUCGGAGCCGACAGAAGUGAUGAACGUGCAGCAGCAGCAGCCGCAGGCAAGUCACUUUCUCGCGGACCCUCCCUAAUGUUGGUGAUAGUCGCCCUCACACUCCCACUCUGGGCAAUGAAGACUCAAUGGAGAUAAUAUAUGGGUGUGGCCUGUUCACUGACUUUUAUACUGUUACAUACAGUAUGUUCAACAGCAAGUUCUACUGCUGUUCCCUCACUGGACAUGUAGAACCUUCUGGAAACCUGUCGAGAACUUACUGUGUGGUAUGGUAGGACUGGAAGUUUGUGCAGUGCUGCAUCCUGCUCGUCCCCCAAAGAAUGCUUGGUGCCAUCAAUGAACCAGCUUUCACAUCUCUGAAAAAAAGAUAAUGUGGUAUUUUUGCAUUAUUCUAAAGCGGGGUUUGAAGAACAUGCUUCUCUUUUAGACAGUGAAAACCACUGGAUCUGAUUUUUCAGAUAAAAGGGGAAUCUAUUUUUCUUUUCCUUUGUACGAUGAAGUUGUGAAAACGAGACAAAACCCAUUUUAUCCUAUUAGUCUUGUCCCCCUCAAACAAAAAGGAGAAAGUCUUACUGUGUGCAUGCAUGGAAAUGAUGUUAACUGACAAAAAACAUGUUUUUGUUUUGUUUUUUUAAAUGCAGGCUACACAGUUUUGGAUUGGUUGGUACAGGAUUGUAAAGUGCUAGCAGUUCACCUGGUUUCCCGUUUGGUCAUAUCAGUGUGGCUUCAGGAAGCAGCGGUUCUUACAGCCACUUUAUAGUUGCACAUUUAAUUAUCUCUAAGAAAGUGCUAAUGCACUGCACUAAGAGAACUACUUUGCACAGAUUAUUUUUGUUGGCUUCAUAAGUUUAUAAAGCUACAGGAAACAUCCACCCCAUAGAGAAAGAAGAUCUAUAUUUUCAGAUCAUUUAACUGAUUGUAUUGUACUUAUAAACAGUUGCAGUAUGUAUUUCACUGGAAGGUACUGUAAUGUAAUCUUACUGGUUUAGUUAAUCGCUACAUUUUUUUUAAUAAAUGUAAUAUUUGUUUUUACAAACUAUUUGAUCAUGUGUAAAAUGAAAAAAAAAGAGAGUUUUUGCAACAACACUAAGCCAUUAUACUACAAUUGCCUGCUAACAAUAUUCAGUUUCCUGAUUUACUCUUUUCAGUUUGGAUACUCAACAUCCUUUUUAUUUCUCAGAGGACUCAGAGUAUAUUAGUGAUAUUAGGUAAGUGUUAACAUUUUGACUUAUUUUCCUGGCUCCCUUGCUUUAAUAAUUUAUGAUUAUGAUUUAUUGUGUUUGUUUAUGUCAUUUGUUUAUAUAACACAUAAGAAAGAUUACACAUUCAUUGUAACCCUAGUCCUGUGAGCUCACAUGCAGCCCUCUGACUGGGGCUCCAGGUUUACCUAAUUCCAACCUAAGAUUUGGCCAAUCAGAACCACCCCUAAAAGCUACAGGUUGUAUGAGUGGUAAUUUUUCUUAAAAGUCAUGUACAGAGCCAGCAAAAGAAGCAAGGUGCCAAGGCUGGAGGGCUCUGACUGUACUCUUAUAACUAGGGUUACUAUUCAUUCACCUUCAUUCCAUCUCCUACAGGUUUUGACCUCAAACAGGCUCUAGAGGUUUCAAGGAGCAAAGCCAAUAGUUUGCACUCCACCAACAUAACUUAAUGGCCAUGACCUCUUGUCACACAGAAAAGACCGGUCCCAGAAAUGUUGCAGGGAUGUUAUGGAAACAAACAAAGGGGCAAAUGUUCACUGUUCCACAAAAGAGGGCAGUUGAGGCAGCCACCCUCAUGCUGGAGUGUGGCUGAAGGAUCCAAUCCCAUCAGUUUAUAAGCACCUGAAAUUCUUUCAUAUAGCCAAUAAGCACAGCUCUUGUUUUAAUAGGGGUCUUCCCCCAAAUCUGUUGCUGUAACAAAGUAACAGCAGCUGUGAGCAUCUCAAAGAGACCACACACUUCCUGUAGCAUAGGCCAGCAUGAGGCAAGGGAGAAAAUAGCAUCAAUCUGCACCCUCCAAAACCUGAAAAAAUAUCUGAUGUUCUUAGGCACAAAUGACAGGUGCGGGUGAAGUGCAGUGCUUCUGUGGUCCCUUCAAAUGAGCGAACAAGUGACUAGAGUAGACUGAUAUCCACAUUGCCACAUUUUGCAUCAGCAAUCUGGUUGUCUUCACAGACAGCACCUUAAGGGAAAUCUUGCCUCAGUGGGCUCACAUGACUCAGAAGAGAGACCCCCCGUGCACCACAGGCUGCUCCCACUGCAGAACAGAUGGACAACCAUUUGACCUCUGCUGCCUCACUCCCAGCAGAAUCUGCUUUAGGAAAAGGUUACUAAACAGCAGCCUUCCACGAAAACUAGCAUGAUACAAUUAAACCAAUGAUGCAUACAUUUUAAUUGCAAAAUGCGGCAGGCUUCUAUCCAACCGAAGCCUGAGGAAAGACAACAUUGAGGUCCUCCCCACUGUCAAACUGCCCAGUGUAGUAAACCAAUGCAUGGACAGACAGUGUGUUUCCAUCAACCUGUUUUUUGUAUAUUUUCCAUUUGAGCAGAAGAAAACUGAAAACACCAGAUAUUUGAAAAAAAGGAAAUAUUGUUAAAACAUUUUUACUCUGUGCUGAGGUCAAAAUUUGGCGUAUAGGUUAAAACAAAAUGCAAUGAAAGGGCAAUGGAAAGAGAGUCGAAAACAAAAACAAAAACAUCACAUGUGCUGACCGAUGAGGAGACUCUAACCUUUCUGAAAAAAAUGCAUUAAACAAACAUAAAUGCCCAUCACAUCUUCCUCUGCUCUUUUACGUCAUCUCAACAUCUUGACUAGAGUAGACUUGAGCUAGUAUUAAGAUAUUGUGAGAACCAUCUCUACCAACCAUAUCAAUAUCAGUAUCACAACCAAGACACUGAAGAGGAGGACAUCGGUAAUAAAACAAUAAAGGAAUAAA